AUGGAUAAUUUUGUUUUUAAAAAGAACAAAAAUGCAGUUGAUAAUCGUGAUGAGGAAUUAGUUAAUGAACAGAAUGACCCUGUCGUAAAUCAUAAUGAAGUUAAUGAAGAACUUGUAGAAGAUCAGAAUGAACAGAAUGACCAUGUCGUAAAUCAUAAUGAAGUUAAUGAAGAAGUUGUAGAAGAUCAGAAUGAAGUAACUGAUGAACUUGUUGAUUUAGGUGAAAAUGAAAGUGACCAAAUGGAAAAUAAUGAAAAUCCUUGCCAUGGUGAAAUUAGAGCCAAUUGUUCUGAAUUUUCAAAACCACCGACUGAUUUGAAUAUAUUUGAUCCUAGGUUAUUCAAAGUUACUCAUUCAAGAAGUCAGUUAGCAAGUGAAGGAAUAAAAGAUUGGAAACACCUUAGUCAAAUAUUGAGUAAACAUGAAAGCAGUUCUGAACACCUCAUAAACUUGAAAACAUGGGCUGAGUUGCGAAUGAGAUUGAAAAAGAGUCAAACGAUUGAUAAAGAGUUACAAGAGUUGAUUAAAAAAGAUACUGAGCAUUGGAGAGAAGUUAUGGUCAGAAUAAUUGCUGUUGUCAAAUGUCUUGCAAAACAUAACUUGGCCUUUCGUGGAACAAAUGAAAAAAUUUAUGAAGAUUCGAAUGGAAAUUUUUUAGGCAUGCUUGAAAUGAUUACUGAAUUUGAUCCUAUAAUGAAACAACAUUUUCGCCUCAUUCAAGAUAAAGAAAUUCAUUACCAUUAUCUGAGCCAUAAAAUUCAAAAUGAGUUGAUUGGUAUGUUGGCCUCAAAUUUCAAGAGUGCAAUCAUUAACAAAAUCAAAGACGCAAGAUAUUUUUCAGUAAUCCUUGAUUGCACUCCAGACGCAAGCCACAAGGAACAAAUGACCUUAAUCAUAAGAUGUGUAGAUGUGCUAAGUCCUGCAAUAAAAAUAAAAGAGUUCUUUUUAGAGUUUCUCAAUGUGGAAGAUACAUCUGGUUUAGGACUUUUUAAUGAACUACAAGCAGCUUUAAAAUCUCUUGAUUUGGAUAUUGAUUGUGUGCGAGGACAAGACUACGAUAAUGGAUCUAACAUGAAAGGGAAACACCAAGGUGUGAAGAAAAGAUUGCUUGAUAUAAAUCCUAGAGCCUUUUAUAUGCCAUGUGGUUGUCAUUGUCUUAAUCUACUUUUGUGUGAUAUGGCAAACUCUUGUCACAAGGCAAAAACUUUCUUUGGAACAUGUCAAACAAUUUACACUGUGUUCUCUAAUUCUACAAAGCGAUGGAGUGUUUUGCUUGAUUAUGUUGAUGACUUGACUUUGAAAUCCUUGUCAACUACACAGUGGAAAAGUCAUAUAGAGAGUGUCAAAGCUAUCAAAACUCAAGUUGCCCAAAUAAAAGAAGCCUUAACAAAAUUAUCUGAAAUAAGUGAUGAUGGUAAAGUGUGUAGGGAUGCUGGUUCUUUGGUAAAUGGUGAGUUUUCAAGUUUUGAUUUUGUUCUAAGUUUGGUCAUUUGGCAUGACAUUUUGUACAAGAUCAACUUGGUGAGUAAAAAGUUACAAUCAAAAGAUAUGCUUCUUGAUGUUGCUGUAAAGAAUCUGGAGGGACGUGUUUCUUAUUUUGAAAAGUAUAGGGAAGAUGGGUUAAACUCAGCCAUGAGUGAAGCUAAAGAAAUAUCACUACUGAUGGGAAUAGAGCCCGUCUUUCCUAUAAAACGUCAUGUUUGCAGAAAAAAACAUUUUGAUGAAAUUCCAAACACUGAAAGGGAACAACAAUCUGCUCUAGAGUCCUUUAGAACUGAUUACUUUCUUGUUUUAUUGGAUAUGGCUCUUUCUCAAUUAAAAAGCAGGUUUGAGCAAAUGAAAACAUUUGAAUCUAUUUUUGGUUUUCUGUUUGCAUCAAAGUUGGCUUAUUUGGAUGAUCAUGAAUUGAGAAGUUGUUGUUUGAAUCUUGAAAAUGCUUUGAGAAAUGGUGAGGCUUCUGACAUUGAUGCGAAAUAUUUGCUUAUGGAGUUACAAAUUUUGCAGGAGAUGAUGCCAAGUAAGGCCUAUGAAACAGAUAAGCCUUGGUCACCCAUUGAAAUUAUGGAGUUUGCAAAGAGAGCGGAUAUGUUUCCGACUGUUAUGAUUGCUUACAAGGUUUUAUUUACUAUACCGGUGACUGUAGCUUCCGCGGAACGAAGUUUCUCAAAACUGAAAUUAUUGAAGUCAUAUCUAAGGGCUACUAUGAGUCAAGAGAGGUUGAAUGGGUUAGCAAUUUUAACCAUUGAAGGAAAUAUGCUAGCAAAUGUUGACUAUGAGAAGAUAAUUGAUGAUUUUGCUUCAAAAAAUGCAAGAAGACAUCAUUUUAGAUUAUUUUAA